CCCCCUGGUCCCUGGGCUCGGCUCCCUCCCUCCACCCUCCAGCCGGCGGCGGUUGUUGUUCAGCGGCGGCGGCCGCCGCUUGGGUCGUAACCUCCGGCCGCCCGCUCGCUAGUCGGUCCGCGCGCGUGGCCAUGGAGCUGGAAGUGCCGGACGAAGCGGAGAGCGCCGAGGGGGGGACCGUGACUUCGGAGGUGACCUGGGCCGCGGAGAGCGGCGCGGCAUCAGGUCUGACCCAGAAAAAGAUGGCCCUGACUGAGGCCCCAAUGAUGACCGGACAGCCAGGCCCUGGUCAUGGGAGGAAGCUGGGCCAUCGGGGCGUGGAUGCGUCUGGCGAAACCACUUACAAAAAGACCACGUCUUCCACCCUGAAAGGGGCCAUCCAGCUGGGCAUUGGCUACACUGUGGGCAACCUGAGCUCCAAGCCAGAGCGGGAUGUGCUCAUGCAGGACUUCUACGUUGUGGAGAGCAUCUUCUUUCCCAGUGAAGGCAGCAACCUCACUCCUGCCCACCACUUCCAGGACUUCAGGUUCAAGACCUAUGCACCUGUCGCCUUCCGCUACUUCCGGGAGCUCUUUGGGAUCCGGCCAGACGAUUACUUGUACUCGCUGUGCAACGAGCCAUUGAUCGAGCUCUCCAACCCCGGUGCCAGUGGCUCCCUCUUCUACGUCACCAGCGAUGAUGAGUUUAUCAUCAAGACUGUGAUGCACAAGGAGGCAGAGUUCCUGCAGAAGCUGCUGCCUGGCUACUACAUGAACCUCAACCAGAACCCACGGACGCUGCUGCCCAAGUUCUACGGACUGUACUGUGUGCAGUCGGGGGGCAAGAACAUCCGUGUGGUGGUCAUGAACAAUAUCCUGCCCCGCAUGGUCAAGAUGCACCUCAAGUUCGACCUCAAGGGCUCCACGUACAAGCGGCGGGCCAGCAAGAAGGAACGGGAAAAGAGCAUCCCCACCUACAAGGACUUGGACUUCAUCCAGGACAUGCCAGAGGGGCUCCUGCUCGACGCUGACACCUUCUCUGCACUCGUCAAGACGCUGCAGCGGGACUGCCUGGUGCUGGAGAGCUUCAAGAUCAUGGACUACAGCCUGCUCCUGGGCGUGCACAACAUCGACCAGCAGGAGCGGGAGCGGCAGGCCGAGGGUGCCCAGAGCACGGCGGAUGAGAAGCGGCCGCUGGGCCAGAAGGCACUUUACUCCACAGCCAUGGAAUCCAUCCAGGGCGGGGCUGCGUGUGGGGAGGCCAUUGAGACGGAUGACACGAUGGGUGGGAUCCCUGCAGUGAAUGGCCGCGGGGAGCGUCUGCUCCUGCACAUUGGGAUCAUCGACAUCCUGCAGUCCUACAGGUUCAUCAAGAAGCUGGAACAUACCUGGAAGGCUCUUGUCCAUGAUGGGGACACCGUCUCCGUCCACCGUCCCAGUUUCUAUGCCGAGCGUUUCUUCAAGUUCAUGAGCAACACAGUUUUCCGGAAGAACUCCUCCCUGAAGUCGUCGCCAUCCAAGAAGGGCCGUGGUGCCUUGUUGGCAGUCAAGCCCCUGGGGCCCACAGCUGCCUUCUCAGCCAGCCAAAUCCCCAGUGAGCGGGAGGACGCGCAGUAUGACCUGCGGGGAGCCCGCAGCUACCCCACAUUGGAGGACGAAGGUCGGCCCGACCUCCUACCCUGCACUCCACCUUCUUUUGAGGAGGCCACCACGGCAUCUAUUGCCACGACCCUGUCUUCCACGUCCCUCUCCAUCCCAGAGCGGUCCCCCUCAGAGACCUCAGAGCAGCCAAGGUACAGGCGGCGCACACAGUCCUCCGGACAGGAUGGCCGGACCCAGGAGGAGGCACACAUGGAGGAGGACCUGCAGCAGAUCACGGUGCAGGUGGAGCCCACAUGCAACGUGGAGAUAGUGGUCCCCAAGGAGGAGGAAGAGGGGGUGGAAGCUUCCCCCGCCUGUGCCUCUGCUGCUGCUGUCGAAGUAGAAACCGCCAGCCAGGCCUCAGAGCCCGCCAGCCAGGCCUCAGAUGAGGAGGAUGCUCCCGCCACUGACAUCUACUUUUUCACGGAUGGGAGGUACUGGAUUUACUCUCCCCGGCACCACCGACUGCGGGCCAUGACGCUGAGCUCCUCGGGGACUCCCACCGAUGAGAGGAGCUGGGUGUACUCCCCACUCCACUAUAGUGCACAGGCCCACUCAGCCUCCGACGGCGAGAGCGACACAUAAUUUCUAUGCAGUCACCAACCCAUAAGAAUGGAGCACACACUCAGCGAGCCCAGCUCGGCCCAGAGCACAGGAGGUGCCACCUGGCUGCCACUGGUCUCACUCGCCCACGUCCUCCCCUUGGCGGUGGUCGCUGAUGCUCCGGGCUGCAAAGCGAUCGCCCCCGGCUCCGUUGACUACCUACGCCUGUGAUACUGUGAACCUUCCUGAGUUCCCAAUCAUGUAUUUAUUUUGGGUCCUUACUCUUUGCACAGAGACAGCAGCACAUGAGUGCUUUUUUGGAUAAAGAAAAAAAGAACAGUGGAAAAAGAAGAAACUCCAUUCUAAGCACUUUUUAGUUCUUUGCUAUGCUUGCAUGUGUCUUGCUGAGGGAACAAGACCUGUCUGCUGAAAACCCCACUCUGAGUUUCCGCAGGCACCUCCCUGCUCCACCUGCAUCUUGGAUGGGGCGCCUUGGAGGGAAGAGCCGCCAGAUCCCCACUGGUUCCCAGGGCGCCUCUGGAGGCCACCCACUCAGGCCCAGCCGCUGCUCUCGGCUCAGGUUUGUGGGCCAGGAGCUGGACAUCUGUCCUUGGGGAGGCCGACUGGUGGUCCAGGGCUGGCUACCACCCGGCUGACCCCUCAAUCUCUCGACAUCUGUUUCCCACCACCCCCUCCUCCCAGGUGACUUGGGGGCAAAAAUAGCCAGGCAGCGAAGAGUACAGACACACGACUGCGCCUCUAGGUGGAGUUCAGGGCUGUGGACAUCUCUGUCACCUGUGCGGACAGCUCAGUGUGUGGAAGAUAGGGCCCAAGUGAUGGGAGACAGCCUUUCCAAGCAGGCUUUCCAAAACAGCUGACUCAGAGGCAGCACCCAUGCCCUCAGCCACAGGACUCCCCGAGAGCUCGUGUCCUGGAGCAGGGGCUCUCCCCGUGGGCGCACACGGGGCCUAGAGGGCCAGGCUCUCCAGCAAGAGUUCCCCCAACUGGGGUGGGGAUCGUCUCUUUCAUUUUUAAAUGAUGAUGACGCCUGUGCUGAUUAAAGGAUAGGGAGAGAAAUUCUUCAUGAAGAACAAUACGGUUGUUUUUAUUUUUCUGUCAUCUUCAGCAGGGGCAGCCAUUCCUGGGCCCGGAGCUCCAGUGGGUGGCUGCCAGGUUACCCUGCUGUGUCCAGAGAAGGCUACUGGAACCAACAGCUUUGCAGGGCCUCUCCCUCCACCUAGACACACUCCCACCUCCUGAGGUGAAAUAUCAGUGGUGGCUGUCCCUUCUGUACUCUGCAGACCCCCACCAACUCAGUUCCACAUGGGAGGAGCUGGGAACCGGCUCAGAGCGAAGCCACACCUUUUAGAAGAAUUUCUCCGCUGCCCUGCUUCCCUGGUGGAGCCCCAGACAGCCAGACAACCCGCCGACCCAGGAACCUGAGUUCUUCAGUCCUCGCAAGCUGCAUACGCUGUUGCUCCUUCCUGCUGUGCAGGUCCCUCAUCCCACUUCAGACAGUCUGCUGGAGGGAGCCUGUUGGUCUGGCUGCUGUCUGCUCUUCUCUGGAGAGCAAGGCUGCACCCCGAGGGCUCUCUUCUCACUGUCAGCAUGGGAGCAGCACCCCAGCUCUGAGCAGGGCCAUGGGGGACACUCCAUGCAGCCUGGGGAAAGGGACCCUCAGAGGACCUGUCAGAAUAAGCUUGCAGGUGGCCUGAAUAAGAAGCAAAAGUGCAUCCUCUCCCUCCUGCCCAAGGAGCGUUUCUCCAGACCCUGGGGAGCACCCUCACCUGGAUAUCAGACUGGUGCCUGUCUGCAGGUACUGUGGCCAAAUGCCACAAGUCACCAGUCUGUCCCUGACCACUCCCACCAAGAGGGAAGACAGGCAGAGUUCAGGAGGUGCAUCUCAGGCCUGGGAGACUUAACAGGGACUGCUGUGUCAACCAAACGCCAACGAGAGAGCCCUCACCCAGGCUCCCAGAGACCAGGCACCAUAGACAUCCUGAGCCCUGGUGGAGAUGGCCAUUACAGCAGGCAGAGUCCUGGAGCAGUGGGCUCUGCGUCCCAGGCGUCCUUGGCCAGGGUAUCUGGAGCUGUAGGAGCAAGGAGGGGAGCUGCCUGCGUGGCCCCCUCAGGUCCCCAGCCCUUGCUGGGUACCUCGGCCUUUCCUGAGUGAAUCACAGAACAAAUGUGCUGGUCGGAUGCUGACUCACAGGAGUAAUUUGCAAACCUCCUGGAUAUGACAUUACUAUUUUUGUUUGAAGUCAGGAAGACCCCUUCGGAGACCCAUUUUGUGUUGUGUUCUUUGUCCCAGGACUGGGCAGGGGAGCAGGAAGGCAAGACCUUAUUUAUAACUGUACUGAACUCAUGGCCUUCCUCAGACCCCUGACCAGGAAGGCCCUGGUCCCACCCAGCUGUCACCCUGCCCCCCCUACCCCAUCCCCCAGAUGGAAAUCUGUAAAUUGCCCUGUUUCCCUCCUGGCUCAUCUCUGAUGGCCGCUGUCGCUGAGAAUGUGAGCAGCGUCUGACUUGCUGUACUGUAAAAAUGAAAGGCAUUUCCCGAGGCUAACAAGGUGGAGCCUUCUGUGAGUCCCCUGCCAGCCUCCUCUCCUCAACCCCUUUGCCUCCACCACCUGGCUCAGUGCAAUACCCCCAUCCCUGAUGGGGUCUCUUGCCAUGGUACUGUCGCCGCAGCCCCUCUGUCCCCAUCCCAACCUUGUUUUUAUGGCUGAACUGAUUUUGAAACACAACGUAACUGCAAACCUUGUGUGUCUUAAUUCUCACCGGGGCUUCAACGUGCUCAGCCCCCGGUCUGGUAUGUGACAAUCCAGAGUGAAGCCUCCUGUGGGCGCCUCUGUAACCUUGCAGCCACUGCUGGCCCUGAUAACACUCGUAUGCAGCCCCGGGCCCCAUCCCCGCCGCCCCUUCCUCUUUUUAUGUUGAAAGAUCUCUCUAAUAAAUUG